UCCACGCAUGCGCAGUACAACUCGUUGCACACCGAGUUGCAGUGCAGACGCUGAUCUGCUAACAGCGUCCUUUAAUACGCAUUAAAACGCUAUAGUUGACUUUUUUUUUUUUCAAAUUUGUUACCGCGGGAAGUGGGACAACAAAGAUGCCUGACACGGAGAGUUAUUCCAACCCUCUGGCCCCCGAGGGUCACGAUGUGGACGACGGCCGGGCUGCCGCGCAGUCAAAGUUGACAAAUGACGACUUCAGGAAGCUGCUGAUGACCCCACGGGCCACGCCUUCUUCGGCCCCGCCCUCCAAGUCCAGACAUCAUGACAUGCCGAGGGACUACAAUGAAGAUGAAGAUCCCGCGGCAAGGAGACGGAAGAAAAAGAGCUACUACGCCAAGCUACGCCAACAGGAAAUGGAACGAGAGAGAGAACUGGCCGAGAAGUAUCGAGAUCGCGCUCGAGAGCGCAGGGACGGCGUCAACAAAGACUACGAAGAGACGGAACUGAUCAACACCACCGCCAACUACCGAGCCGUCGGACCCUCGGCCGAGGCGGAUAAGUCGGCGGCAGAAAAACGGCGGCAGUUGAUCCAGGAGUCCAAGUUCUUGGGAGGUGACAUGGAGCAUACUCACUUGGUGAAAGGUCUGGACUUUGCCCUGUUGCAGAAGGUGAGAGCAGAAAUAUGCAGCAAAGAGAAGGAAGAAGAAGACAUGAUGGAGAAAGUCCAGAAGGAGGCCAAGAAAGAUGUCGAACCCGAGGAGAAGAUUGAGUUUAAGACCCGUAUCGGUCGGAGUAUCUACCGCACGGUGUUCCGCUCCGGUCAGAUGGACAGGAACGAGCUCUUCCUGCCGGGCCGCAUGGCGUACGUGGUGGACCUGGACGACGAGUUCACCGACACCGACAUUCCCACCACGCUCAUCCGCAGCAAGGCCGACUGUCCCAGCAUGGAGGCUCAGACCACCCUGACCACCAACGACAUCGUUAUCUCCAAGCUGACUCAGAUUUUGUCUUACCUCCGCCAAGGCACUCGUCACAAGAAGAUCAAGAAGAAGGACAAAGGUAAAGGAGAUGAUAAAAAAGCUCCAGAGGCUGAUCUCAGCAUCUUUGAUGACAUCGGUGACUAUGUGGCAUCCUCGGCGUCCUUGUCCAGACCUCCAAAAGACAAAGAGAGACACAGAGAGCGGGAGCGAGAGAGGGAGAGAGAGAAAGAGAAAGAGCGGGACAGAGAUGAGGAAAAGAACCGCAGACACACCUACUUUGACAAAGCUCAUGGAGACCAAAACCAGGCAAUGGAGGUGGAGUCAGGUCCAGGAUCAGUCGGAGAUCAGAUCAAGUUGAUCAAUGAAAAGUUUGCUGGAGCAGCAGGCAGCCAAUGGCAGGGCCAGGAUCCUUCCUUGCCUCAGAGGAGAGAUGCUAAAGAACAUUUGGGAGAUUUCUUCGGAGGAUCAAACUCCUACGCUGAAUGUUACCCUGCUACUAUGGAUGACCUGGCAGUGGACAGCGAUGAAGAAGUUGAUUACAGUAAGAUGGACCAGGGCAACAAAAAAGGGCCGCUGGGUCGUUGGGACUUUGACACCCAGGAAGAAUAUUCCGACUACAUGAACAACAAGGAAGCGCUGCCCAAGGCGGCGUUCCAGUACGGCAUCAAAAUGUCAGAAGGCCGCAAGACUCGCCGCUUCAAGGAGAGCAACGAGAAGGCGGAGCUUGACCGCCAGUGGAAGAAGAUCAGCGCGAUCAUUGAGAAGAGGAAGAAGAUGGAGGCCGACGGGGUGGACGUGAAACGACCCAAAUACUGAAGCAUCUGCCCAACAUCCAAGUUUGUUGUUGCCUUUGUGUUUUCUGUUUUCAAAAGACUGUUUGUGAUAAUAGUUGUGACUUGACAAUUAAAAUAAAGUAUUAUUGGUCAGAUGAAAAUUCUGCCGAGGGCCUCAAUUUAGCAAAGCGUGGCCCUGAUUAGUACAUUAAAUUUACUUAGUGCUUCAGUAUAUAACUUUCCAUAUGUUUCUAUCGAUUUUGUUAUUUAAACGGGGAUAGCAGGUCCAUUCUAUGUGUCAUAUUUGAUCAUUUUGCGAUAUUGCCAUAUUUUUGCUGAAAGGAUUUAGUAGAGAACAUCGACGAUUAAGUUCGCAACUUUUGGUCGCUAAUAAAAAAGCCUUGCCUGUACCGGAAGUAGCAGACGAUGUGCGCGUGACGUCACAAGUUGUGGAGCUCCUCACAUCCUCACAUUGUUUACAAUCAUGGCCACCAGCAGCGAGAGCGAUUCGAACCGAGAAAGCGACGAUUUCCCCAUUAAUUUGAGCGAGGAUGAAAAUUUGUGGAUGAGGAAAGUGAGAGUGAAGGACUAGAAAGAAAAAAAUAAUAAAGGCAGUGGGAGCGAUUCAGAUGUUUUUAGACACAUUUACUAGGAUAAUUCUGGAAAAUCCCUUAUCUGCUUACUGUGUUAUUAGUGUUUUAGUGAGAUUAUAUGGUACCUGAAAGUCGGAGGGGUGUGGCCACAGGUGUGUUGACCGCCAGUGUCUCCGGUGGAAGGAGGUAAGAGAGUCCGCAGCUGCAGGAGGACGCGAGCUCCGCUCAUGUCUACGGUAAGAGCCAACAUAUUACCACAAUUUGUGGUAGAGAACUAUGUUCGCUUGACCGCUCUGUUCCAUAGUAAAGCUUCACCUUCGGGAAUGUAAACAAGGAAACACCGGCUGUGUUUGUGUUGCUAAAGGCAGCUGCAAUACACCGCUUCCCACCUACAUCUUUCUUUGACGUCUCCAUUAUUCAUUGAACAAAUUGCAAAAGAUUCAGCAACACAGAUGUCCAGAAUACUGUGGAAUUAUGCGAUUAAAGUAGACUACUUUUAGCCGUGAGCAGUGCUGGAAGAACGUGUCCGCUACAACCGGUGACGUCACGCGCACGCGUCAUCAUUCUGCGACGUUUUCAACAGGAUACUUCGCUGGGAAAUUUAAAAUUGCAAUUUAGUAAACUAAAAAGGCCGUAUUGGCAUGUGUUGCAAUGUUAAUAUUUCAUCAUUGAUAUAUAAACUAUCAGACUGCGUGGUCAGUAGUGGUAGGUUUCAGUAGGCGUUUAAGUUUUUUGUAUGCUUUUGCUAUUUUAACCUUACCCAGCACGCAGAACAAGGAAUUUACUGGUAUGUUUUAGGCCUCCUCUACAGUGGCGAGAUCAUCCCGAAGAAGAGAUUUAAAAAAAUAAAAUACAUCACAUGGUAGCCAUUACAAUAAUAUGCUUGUUACUUUGUAAUUAUAUUGUGUUAUUUAUCGCUGGGGGUAUAAAGUGAUUCAUCGUGAGCAUACUCACAAUACAUAAUAGUUAUUAUGGGAUAACAACAAGGCUGCUUUGUUUUUGAACUGGACGGAGAAGUCCAUGAAGACUUUUGGCUCCACUUACAACUUCCUGUUGGGUAUAAAAUGUUUGAUUAUUUUAAUUGUGAAAUGUCUGCAUUAUACUGUUAUUAAAAUACAUUUCUUUUUAAUGUAUAAUAUAUUUGAUCAUCCCUAUUUUAAUAGUUAAAUGUCUGUAUUAAACUGUUAUGAAAAUAAAAAUUUUACAGAAAA